UUCAUUCGUGUCUUAAUAAUUUCUUCAGUUUCAAUUCUUGAUAAUAAUUUAAAUUUCAUUUAUUUGUUGUCUUUGAGAAUGAACAUUUUUCCAGUCGUACUGAUUUUAUUUGUCGUGCGGUUUCUUGCAGUGCUCAGCGAUGAUACACGAUUAUAUACGUGUGAUUUUGAUCUUGUUAGCACAGACGGUAAAGGAUAUAGUAGCCCAUUGACGCCUGAAUUCUUGAGCACAAAAUGUGCUGCUAUCUACGACAAAAGGUUUACAGAUAAGCAUACCUACAAUAUGUAUCUAGAAGAAGCGAAAGCAUUUAAGGAAUUUCUAAUGGCGAUUGAAAGUUAUGAGGCGAGAAAAUCCGGAAAGGAACUGUGUGCGAACAAAGAAUAUGCGCUCGAUAUCGGGGAACGACAGUUUUUCUACAAGCAAGUGAAUUUGUGUGACUGCUACAAGAAGAAUAAUCAGGAAACUUUUCUGAAGUGCCUCACAGAAAAACGACGUGAACUGGCGAGUUUAAUAAAUAAUUCCGACUACUACUAAAUUGGUUCGUAUUUAAAAAGCUAUGUAUGUGAAAUUUUUAGUGAAUGGUGUUUACAAUAUUUUUUAAAUAAA